CGUCGUACUUAAACACACGAUUAAAUCGCGUAAUAACAUAACAUAAUAAAUUAUAUAGUAUUAUAUAUUUAUAACUAUAUCGUGUUUCGUUUUAAGCAAAUAUAUAUCGUAAUAAACAAUAUAAAUGUGUUGUAGCUUACAGUGGCGUUGCGUUUAUGCACCGCACGUGCACAUUUUUUUACCAUGCGUGUACAUUAUUGUUAUUAUCGUAAAGUUAAGUAAAGCAUAAUAUAAUAUCGAUAAGUCGAUGUAAAGCAAUGAUUUCGAGCGGUACGAUGACAUCAAAAUUCUACUAUCAGUUAUUAUGACGUGAUUUCGGUCAAUGGUCAAAAAUUACUACUACAGCGCCUCGCGUUUCACGUUAUUCACGUAACUAUGAUAUUAUAAUAUUAAUACUUAGCUGUUUCGGUCGCUACAACUCGACGCGUCAGUGUUCGCGGCGCAGGAGGACGUCUACAGUUUUCACCAGCGAUUAAUUUCCAUUGUGACUGCUCAAACGGUUUACAAUAACGGACCAUCAUCAUACACGAUAUCGUGCGUGGAUGUAAGUAUAGACGAGGAAGACACGUCUCGCGAAACGAAAUAAUACCAUCGUCUCAAAAACGAACGCAUUCGACGUAGUCUGACGUAGUUUGCGUAGUCCACAAACUGCCAUCAAUAGGUACAGUAUACCAUAGUGAUGAUGACCAUUUACUCAACUGUAUCAGUAACAACAACGACAACGAUACCAGAAACACGGUAACAGCAACGUCUGUCUACAUUUUGCACUUGUGCGAGACACUGUGCGUGUGUGCACGAGCACUGGAAAAGGUGGUUGAAUUAGGCGAUGAUACGCGUCUGGUGGCGUGUGCCGAAAGUCCGUGACCAAUGAUCGUUGUGACCCGUGACGACCACAGUAGAAGCGAUAUGACUACAACAACGACGGCAGUAGCAGCAGCGGCGACGGGAGCGGUGGCUUGGCAGGUCACCACUUGGUCCUCUGGUUCGCCCGCGGCAGUCUGCAAGAUGCGCUCGUCCGCCACGGUGACGACGACCGUUACCACCAUCGCCGUCAGGCUGACUGCUGUACUAUUGCUAUUGAUGGCGUCUACACGCCCAGCUACGGCCCUUGGACAGCUACAGGGCCAGUACAACGGCCCAUAUCCAGACAUAUGCCCCAGUGAUAUAUAUUGUCACGGGGAACUUCUUGAUGAUAUACAAAUGCAGCAACUAUACACAGACUCUAAAACUUUUGUGGACAAAAAAUUACGACGGAGCGAAGCUGAAAUUGUAAAAUCGUACAGGGAAUUGAAAUUACGAAAUAACGGUCGAGUGCCUCCUCGUGCUGCACUUACCAAGUUUGUUGAAGACAACUUCAGUGAUGACCCAUUGGUCGAGUGGGUGCCGCCUGAUUUUGUUGAAAUUCCCACUGUCAGUACUUAUGUACAUGAUCAAAAUUACAAGAAUUGGAUCUUACAAUUAAAUCAAAUUUGGAAAAGAUUAGCACGAAAAGUAGAUGAAGACGUUAAAGUGAAUCCCGAUCGACAUUCAUCUAUUUAUUUACCAAAUGGAUUCUUCAUAGCUGGUGGUAGAUUUACUGAGCUUUAUUAUUGGGAUUCGUAUUGGAUCAUUAGAGGAGCAAUAUUGUGUGAUAUGAAAGACACUGCUAGAGGAAUCAUACAAAACUUCCUUUACUUAGUUCACCGCUUUGGUUAUGUACCGAACGGAAGUAGAAUUUACUAUUUAAUGAGAUCUCAGCCACCGCUCCUUAUCCAAAUGGCUGCAUCAUAUUAUACGUAUACAGAUGACUUAGAUUUUAUCAAAAAAAACAUACAAUAUCUAGAAGCGGAAUUCAAUUUUUGGAUGAUAAAUCGAACAAUAAAAGUCGAAAAGGCAGGUAAUACCUAUGUAAUGGGACAGUACAACACGCAUACCCGAGGACCCCGACCCGAAUCCUAUUAUCAAGACAAAACUUUAGCUAUGCCCUUUCCUAGCGUAGAUGAUAAAAAUGAGUUAUAUUCAAGAUUAAAAGCUGCUGCUGAAACGGGUUGGGAUUUUUCGUCCAAACAUUACAAUAAUAUGGGUCAAAAUACUGGAGAUUUGUCAAAUACAGAUCCUCAAAAUUUUAUUUACGUAGAGUUAAAUGCAAUAUUACAAGCUAAUGCAGUUGUUCUUGCUCAAUUUUUUAAAUUACUAGGCAAUCAAGCUAAAUUCAAAUACUAUAAUGACAUCGGUCAUCGUUUUCAAAUUGGAAUAAAUGCGUUACUGUGGAACGAAGAAGAAGGUAUUUGGUUAGAUUAUGACCUAACCACCAAACUGAGUCGUAAAUAUUUCUAUACGUCCAAUUUUGCACCGUUAUGGACUGGUAGUUAUGAGAGAAAACUUAGAACGUAUUAUGGUAAACGAGCGUUAGACUAUUUGAUAGUUAACGGUGUUAUCAAUCAAGAUGGAACUCCAAAACUAAUUUGUGUACCAACAUCGAAUAUAAACUCUUCUCAACAAUGGGAUUAUCCCAAUUGCUGGUCUCCACUUCAAGCAAUGGUAAUCCAAGGUUUAGAUCGCACAAACUACAAACCUGCCCAAACCGUUGCAAUAAACUUGGCCAAGUCAUGGAUAAAUACUAAUUACGUCGGAUACAUAACCAGCGGCACCAUGUUUGAAAAGUACAGUGCACUCGAAGUGGGUACGACCGGCGGGGGUGGAGAAUACACACCUCAAACAGGUUUUGGAUGGACUAACGGUAUAGUGUUCGAACUUUUCCGAAGAUGGGGACACCUAUUCAGAUCUACUUAAAUACCAUACUACUGAACCGACUAUGUAUUCAUAUUGUAUUAUAUAAAUCUAAUAUUUUUGUAUUAUUUUUACACUUACGUUUAAAUUAAAUCGACAAUGCAGUAUACUGUGGAUAUAUUUGUACAGCAUAUCCAUUUGCA